GUGCGGCCUACAUCGGAUACAUGUUGGCUUCAUCGGGUGCCAUAUUCGCAACAGCUAUUGCUUUUGCAUCUGUCGGUGCAGUAGUGAGUCCGUCACUGACAUCUUUAUAUACGAAAUAUGUCCCAGCUUCAAAAGUAGGCGAAUUGCUGGGUGCCCUAGGCUUACUAGAUGCAAUCUUGCGUAUAGUUGGGCCUACUACUUUUGAUCUAUUAUAUAGCGCACUUGUUCUUAUUGAUCCUCGUUAUGUUUGGCCAUGUUUUACGGGAAUACUUAUUUUUGGAUGUUUAUUGACAUUUGGAGUUAAUCCCAAAUUAAAAAGUGGAGAG